CGGGAGCGGCGGCGGAGCGCAGGAGGCGCCCGCUUGGCAGAGGCGGCCGAGGCGGUAACCGUUUCUCCUUCCGAGGACAGCAGCGGCAGCGGGAGAAGGAUUCUUCUGCAAUGACUACAGCCAGAUACAGACCUACUUGGGACUUGGUGCUUGAUCCUCUUGUAUUGUGUAAACUCUGCCUUGGGGAGUAUCCUGUGGAGCAGAUGACAACAAUAGCACAAUGCCAAUGCAUCUUCUGUACACUGUGCCUGAAACAGUACGUGGAGCUUUUGAUCAAGGAAGGCCUUGAAACAGCAAUUAGCUGUCCUGAUGCUGCUUGCCCAAAGCGAGGUCAUUUACAAGAAAAUGAAAUUGAGUGUAUGGUUGCAUCAGAAAUCAUGCAGAGAUACAAAAAACUACAAUUUGAAAGAGAAGUGCUUUUGGAUCCUUGUCGGACUUGGUGCCCAUCUUCUUCCUGCCAAGCAGUUUGCCAACUUCAAGAAUCAGGACCUCAGAGCCCCCAGUUGGUGCAAUGCAAAGUCUGUGACAUAGAGUUUUGCUCAUCAUGCAAAUCUAACUGGCACCCCGGACAAGGUUGUCAAGAGAAUAUGCCAGUCAGCUUCCUUCCAGGGGAAACAAGCUCUGUUUAUAAAAUGGAAGAAGAUGAUGCUCCAAUCAAACGUUGUCCAAAAUGCAAAGUUUAUAUUGAAAGAGAUGAAGGCUGUGCCCAAAUGAUGUGUAAAAACUGUAAACAUGCCUUCUGCUGGUAUUGUUUGGAAUCACUUGAUGAUGACUUUCUCCUUAUACAUUAUGACAAAGGACCUUGCCGAAACAAGUUAGGUCACUCUAGGGCAUCAGUUAUUUGGCACAGAACACAGGUCGUGGGGAUUUUUGCAGGAUUUGGCUUGCUAUUAUUAGUGGCAUCUCCCUUUCUUCUACUCGCUACUCCAUUUGUCCUCUGCUGCAAAUGCAAGUGUAGUAAAGGAGACGAUGACCCUCUGCCUACUUAGAGAGAAUGAAGAAGGGACCUACUCAUCAUCGCUGUCCAUUUCCUACCCCCCUUUUUUGCACUUAAUCUUGUUAGAAUCUUGCCUUAUUCCGCUUUGAGUGAGAAGUGAGGCGCCGUGAUUCCAGGAACUACUGGUGCCAGAGUUCCCUAUCCACCAGUCGGAUUAUGAGGAACAAUUUAAGGGCUGGCAGCAAACAGGUUGAACAUCAGAAUUGUGUGCAUCAAUGAUAUGAGUCAUUCCUUAUUCUCUGGGAGACAACAUUAGCAGACCUGGAACUGAGUUACGCUACCCAGAUGAAAAUCUUCAUCUAACUAUUCACAUUAAACUGAGAGAGGUUCUUUCCUUUAAGUAUAGGUGGUUUUUACAAAUCCGUUACCAAUUUAAAUAUGUUCGUUUUAGAUGUGACUUCCAGUAUCUGUUUAUUAAAAUCAAUUUCUUAAUAUCUGCAAUUGGAAAAUGUCUAAGCAUUCUUGUCUCAUCUCCCCUGUCCAUCUUUCUCACACACACACAAAGUCAUGGCAUCCAGACAGAUGCCCUAGGCCUUUGACUCUGAAAGCUAAGAGGUGCCAUUUCUGCCUACUAAUAUUUGAAAAUCUGUGUGAGCUAAAUAUGUGGAUAUGUCUGUAUUUUUUUUUUAAUUUGAGGAUUGGGAGGGAGGGUUGCAAAGUUUUAUGGCUGAGACAUAUGGCCCAGAACUGUUAUAUAACCAAGAGUCUUUUAAAAAUUGAGAUUACACUAAACCCUUGAUUUAACAGAUCUCAGUUUGGUGGACUUCAAAUUUAACAGACAAAAUCUGUUAGAACAGGAAUAUGUCAUGCUGGAACUCCUGUGGCAGUUGAGGAACAGCAGGGGAGAGGAGGAAGGGAAGGUGCUGGGAAGAUUGGGGGCAGGCUGGCCAACAGGAUAUGCCAUUGGGAGGCACCAUGCACCAUGCCCUGCUUGCCAGCUUCGUCCAACUGUGCCUUUUGUUUCCUAUCUAGAUUUGUUUCUACCUGUUGUUUAUUACUUAUUUGCUACAUGUAAAUAGAGCUGCCUCUAAUCUGGUAUCCUUUUGUGUACCUAGAAAAAUAAUUUUGUAGAAGCCAAGCAUGUUCUAAAUUUUGGGAAAGUCUGAGGCUCAUGAUUUCUCUUAGUGGUAGGCGCUAAUCUGGAAACAUAACAAUCAUCGUCAUUUCCCAUGUGGACAGUACUCUGGGAACCAGGAAAGAAUAAACAUAGUUCUCAGCAGAACUGGUUUUCCUCUACUACUGUAUAAUCUGUCCCUGGCAGAGACUGGCCAUCCCAUGGAAGGAGAUAUUGCUUGUAUAUUUACCUACUUUGUUGGUUCAUCCCAGGUGGCUCUUCUUCCUUAGAUCCUAAGGGUUCAAGGCAUGGAUUGGAGGGGUAUAUGGAAAGCGUAGAUGUUCUCCCAUCUUCCUAAUGUCCAGUGGGCACUGAAGAUCAGCCAGAGAGAGGGGCGCCUUAUGUCGGUUCAUCUCAAUUCACUAAGCUGUACCUGGAUGUAGAUGGAUAACAUCAGUGUUACAGUCCCAGAAUCCCAUCUAAAUUCAAGAAGGUUCUGUUUUCUCCCUCCCAUUAUGCUUCAAUUAUUAAAAAUGCCUGCAAUGAUCAUGCAUACUCUAAAAGCUGUUCAAAAUGUAUAAAUAUUUAAUUCAUUUUAAAAAUCACUUCUAUUUUAUGGUGUACAGUAUUGUGACAGCAAACAAUGUUUGUUUUUAAAUAUCACCUUUUCCAUCUUAUAUUUUCACUAUUAUUGUCUUCUGUAUAUUCCGAAGUACCAUAAAAUGGACAUCCAGCUACAAUUGAUAACAUUGUUUUGAGUGAAAAUUGUAAAUGUAGAUUUUAAACUAAGGGGAAGUAUUAGCUCAAAAUAUUCUAUAACCAAAUGAAACCUGGAAAUGGGAAAAUCUUUCAUGCAUAUAUAAGCCAAAUGAAACAGAAAAUCAUUCUUGGCAUAAUAAGGGCAUAACCGUUUGGACUCAGCGUUUGUACAUGUAUCUAAUGCAAAUCUGAUCCCAGCUGUCCUCCCAUAUCAGAAAAUUAAUGGUUGAAUUGUGGGAAGAAUGUGCUUUGUUCCGGCUUUAAUCUUCUCCUUCUUCUCCUUCUCCUUCUCCUUCUCCUUCUCCUUCUCCUUCUCCUUCUCCUUCUCCUUCUUCUCCUUCUCCUCUAGUAACAAAAAAUAAAAUCACUUCUCCUAGUUGUCCCAUUUAUCAAUCUUUAGAUGAUUAGCAGAGCAAGAAUGAGUGAUACUUGUUUCUGGUGCCAGUGGAAAUUUUUUUUUUCAAUCUAGCCAUAAUUGGCAUGCAAGGUACAGCAUUCCUUGUCAAAAUAGUAGUGGGAAUUGGAGAUAUAAAAUAUUCUUACUGUGCUCCUAACUGGAAUCUUUGCCCCUCACCCACGUUCUUAACAUCUAGCAUAGAUAAAAAAACUCUGGGCAACCUGAGCAAACCAAGGAGUCAUAAGCGUCCAUCCCUAACUGCAGUGAUGCCAACUGGAUAGAAUGUGUGUCAUGAUAUCAUAAUUCAAGCACAUAAAGGGCAGAGUUUGUAUUGCAACGUUGCAACUAACUUUUCACCCUUUGUCCCCACUGCCCCUGAUGCCUAUGCAAAGAGACAAAAGGCAUUAGCAGUAGCUUCUUUUUGAAUCAUUUUGCAAUAAUCCCAGUGUCCUCCAAAGAUGAAUCAUGAGCAAAUUUGAAAGCUGUUCUACAUUUGUGCUGCAAAGCAGGAUCACUCUCAGAACUUGCUCCCACCUUGCUUGCCUAAGUCAGUUGUCAGCUGGCUCAAGUAAAAGAAAGAGGGAAGCCCACAGUGCAGUUUGACACGGUUCAGGCCUUGUUUAGAGUAGCAUGAUGGCUUGUUUACCCAAAGCUGGAUCUUGCUAUGCCUGGUCAAGCUUGCUGUCAGGUUGUCCAAGCAAAGCCAUGAGCAAAGCCUGCUGCACACUUAUUGUCUUACGCUCGCGCUGCUAAAUCGCUGGCGGUCCUCCCUCCCACUUUGCUUAGACAAGGCAGGAUCUGGCUUGUCUAAGCAAAACCUAGAGUUAGUUAUUUUGGGCUCCGAGUUGAGUUGCAUAAGCCUUCUGUCAUACACACCCGAACCUGGAUCUCUGUCAGAAUCCACUCCUGGUCCACAUGGACCAACCAGGAGCAAAGUCAGGAUGUUCUACACAUACUGCUAUAAAAAGCCAACGUCGAUACCCAAGAAAAGUCAGAUGAAAAAUGAAAGUGGCCUACUCAAAAAUAAAACCCAUAUUUCAGAAAUUACACAAAACUAAGCAACCUCAUUGUUCACAUUAAAAAUACAUUUUUAAACUGUAUUGUUCUGUUUAUUUCUAAUGAAAAAGGUUUUAAUUUAGAAAGUUGCAAGGUUGUAUCAUUGUCUUACCUGAUAUAUGGAUUAAAAUUUAGUUAUGUUUAUGUCUUGCCCAACCUCAACAAAAUCAUUAUUUUUGUUCAGGGGCAGUGGCUAACACACAUUCAUUUAUCAUUUUAGGGAGUUGUGAUAGUGCCACAUUGAGGACCCCCGUGGAAUUGGUUUUGACUUUAGAAACAGUAUUAUUCCAAGCAUAUCAUAGUGGACAUUUUCAACACUACUUUAGUGAAUAAAAGGUGGUUGACAUUGUACUGUAAUUUCAAACCAGUUUUCCAUCAUUUAUACCAGGGUUAUUCUAUGGUGUCUAAACUUGAAUCAGAUAAUUGCCAUUACAAAUUUCAGUUAUAUUGUCUUAGAAGGUAAUAUAGCUUGAAUUUCUCUAAAUGUUACUUUUGAAGUCUUUGGGAACUCCCAAAAUCCACAUUUUGUAAUUUUGUUUUCCAAUGAAAGGUAAAUUUUACCUGAUAUGGCUUUUAUUUUUAUGCUGUUUCUUGCUUUCAGUACAAUGCCUUAACGCUCCUUUUAGUGAACGGUUACUUGUUACAGUAGAUGUCCUCUUGGACAAAGUUCCAACAAAUAAUUUUUGUCACUAUCCAGCUCAAAGACAUCGUUCUGUUCUCAUUCAAAUGGGAACAGGACCUAGCAAAAUGACUGAUUGUCUUUAUCCCAAAUUGUGCUACACCCAGUUGUGGUUGGACAAGUUAUCAUACUAAGAGAUAAUAUGUAGGAUACUUUUGAUUUGGGUUUUCAGUUUUUGCAUACUGUACUGUGUAAUGUCAUCCAUGACUUAGCUUUUGUUGAGAACCCAGCCUUGUAUAUUAUUCCAUGGUCAGCAAAGCAUGGCUUAAUGUGACGUGUGAGCCCAAAUGCUAUCUUAGUUAUACCACCUGUUAAAAUUAAUCAACAGUUUGCAAUAUCUUUUGGAGAGAUAAUUUCAAGGUUCUUCAGAAAACACUUAGGAUAUCAUUUCAAUUAUUUUCAGCUUUAACUCUUAUACCAUAGAAAGCCACAAUUUGUCCAGUGUUAGGGAUCAGAAAUGACAGGUUAUUCAUUCCAGGAUCUGCUUGGACCACUUGCUUCAGACACUGACACAUCUAACAGCACAAUUAUCUUUCUGUCAGGAAAUAGAGCAACAGGAAUGUGUAAUGGACCUAAACAGCAUACAUAUAAUUUAUUGAGACUUGACAGAUUUGGCAAUUAUUGUUAGAAUUAUUUGUACAAUUCUUCAUGGACUUGGAUUUCUGAAUUGCUUCAUUUUUUUCCAGAAUAGCAUUGGGGCUUUAGCAAAUUUUCAAAUUCAAUAUCCCAUUUAUGUUCAGAUUGCUGUACCUGGAUAUUUUGCUGCAGUUUUCAGUUUCAUCUUUUUCCUUGCUAGUUUCUGAUGAGCAUGAGGAAGCAUGCAUGUUGAUGUUUCAUCACAUUUCUUUGAUAGCAGAUUAGUUCCCACAUAUGUUUUAAAGAUAGAUAGAAAAUGUGCAUCAAAACUGCAGGAUGCUAGGCAUGCACCAGUUCCAAAAUAAGGAUAAAAUGCUUUCCAACUUAAACAGAGGGGGAAAAAUGAGAGUCCAGCCCAGCUGUGGAAGAAAACAGAAAAAAUGCAUCUCUGGGUAUUGCUGGCUUGCCAACUGAGCCAUUUCAAUAGGAAGAUAUGCAGUAUCAAGAUAAACAAAACACCAUAUACAUAUAAAAAACACCAUGCAAGCUAGUUUUACAAAGGGUUUUGUCCCAGGAAAAAACAGUAUGGAAAUAAUUUUUAAUGGAUAAUGGCAUUAAAGGGUUUUCAGCAAUCAUGCUUGCUAAUGCACUUCCACAAACAAAAAAACCCCCAUCUUUUGUGUCUACACUCCCCUGCUGGUCCCUGCUUGGUUAGAUACGUAAUCCUCUCUUAUUGGAAUCCAAAAAUAUUAGGUCCAGGUACGUGUCAUACAACUGAAUCUUCCUUGCUCAUUGAACCAUGAUUUUCUUUUUUAACUUUGUAUAAAGAAGCAUGGAAGAGUCCUGCGUAUCUAUAAAUGAUGUAUUUGACUACAGUAAAAUAAAUACAUUUUGUUUCUGUAUUUGAAAUGUAACUACAUUUGUGCCACUAACACUGUGAUGUAUACAAGAGCUGUUGAAUGCCUUUGAAUGUUGUUUUGUACUUUGAAAUCAUAU